AAAGUGUGAAUUUGACGUUUGUCUGAAAUCAAAAACAAAAAGUGUAUAGUUACACCUUUCGAUUGAGAAACAUUCAAAACAAAUAAAACAAUAAUUGUUCGAACGUAUUAACGAAUAUGCAUUGGUAUUUGACAGAUGUCGUGCAUCAAAACGGGAAUAUGUUGCAAUUUUUAUCGAAAAGUCAUGCUUAGUCAGUGAAAUAAAAAAAAUUGUGUUUAUCAUUCGUCACCAAUUCGAUGAUAACAAGCCAAACGAAUAUGCACAUUUAGUUAAUUAAGUGAAAUCUUGUCUGUAUUAUGGCGAGUGCAAAUCAAUUUUAUGAAGGAUGUGGCCAAGAAGGACCAAUUCGUUGUAUAUUUUUGAGUGAAUUCCAUGACACGGCCGGUUCGAAGAUUACGUGUCAGUUUCCCGAAGGUUACGUCUCAAAAGAAGUAUUUGAUGCUGUCAAUGUUUAUAUUAUUCCGAAGCCACAAUUACAAGGAUGUGUUCUCACAGUGAAUGCAUUGGGCUAUAAAAUAGUGGGGUAUCCGGUCCGAAUCGAGCAUCAAAGAUAUACACGGAAUGCUUUUUACUUUAAUUUAUGUUUUGUAUGUAAUUCAUGGGCGCGAACUGUGCAAUAUGAACCAAUCGUUCGCAAACUUUCCGAGUAUUUUAAAAUGAUGGAAGCUGAAAGCACAUUUUUAUCAAGAGAUGAAGGAAAAGCGAAUGUUUUCAAAGUACUAAAUAAAGUGCUGACUGAUUUGAAUGCAAAUAAAGCGACCACAAUAGUUGAAGGUGAAACAACGAUUCAUCUGAAAAUCAUAUCAUAUUUCAGUGAUCCGCCAAUAAUUUACGAUCACUUGGUGCCGAUGUUUAACGAUAAAUUCAAAGAUAUUCCGCGAGACACAUGGGAUUUAACAACACAACAGGUAUUGCCUUAUAUCAAUGGCAUCAAUCAUAUAACACGCAUCGCUGCCGAUUCAGAUGUAGAAAUUGGUUUGGUGAAGGCUUGCAUUCAAAAUCUAGUAUAUUAUCAAGUCGUAGAAGUACUGCCACUACUCAAAUAUAGCAAUGUGUACAUGUGUACACGAAAUCUCCAAAAAUUAUCCACUGAUAAGGAACUCACCCAAGCAUGCAGAAAAUUCGUUGCACUAGAUUCAUCGCCAACGCUAUUGCCGUCAAUAUUGAAAAUAAUGCAAAUAUAUUCCUACAUGACACACGGUAUUACGUUGAAGGCAUUAUGUGCACGGACAGCACCGCGCGAGAAUAACAUUGAUGAAAGAAAACUGGUUUCAUUUGGAAUCCUCCAUCAUUUGAUUCGGUGCAUCAAUAAAUAUCCAGUGUGUAUUUCGGAAUCACCAAUAAAUCGUCAGCGAUUUUACACAGGCAUCCAUCAUAUCGACGAGAUUUGCUGCAAAACAGGCUUAUUUCCUGCCAAAAUUCAAGAUGAUCUUGACAAAGAUCCCUGUGUUGUUACAAUAUGCAAAUGAUUGAAUCUCUGAAAAAUAAGCUUCUAUAUGGUACUAAUUUACUGUUAUUUUUUUUAUUUAUUGGAGUGGAAUUGAAAAAAAAAU